UUCGCCACCACCCCGCCCUCUUCCCCCAGUUCUCAAUGUCUCUCUCUCUCUCUCUCUCACACACACACACACACCACCCUUCCUUUAUCCUUUUACCCUCUUUAUCCUUGCCCCGCCUCUUCCUUUCCUAUUCCUCUUCUCCUCACUCUCACUCUCCCCACCCUCCAUGUCACCCCUUUCUUGCCCCUGUAAGUUUCCCCAUCUCUUCAUCUCUGAGUUCCCCCCUCUCCCUUCAUGUCUCUGUAAGGUCUCCCCACUUUCCCCAUGUCUUUGCAAAUCCCCCCCCCUCCAUUUUUGUUCCCCCCUCCUCUCCCUGUUUUUCCAUCCCCACUUUCUUCACACCGCUGUAAGUCCCCACCCUCAGUUCUCCCCACUCUCUCCCCCUUUCUCUCUAUAUGUACCCCUGCCUCUGGUGCCCCCACGACCCCGCCUCUCGCACCCUGGCCUCGCUGGGUCCGGGUCCCUCUCCCUCAGUCACGGCCCGUCCCCCUGUUGUUUGUUGACGGCGCGGGGCAGGGCGUGAGAACAGGCGGCGAGAGGCGCAGGUGGAACCAGGGUGAAAAGCAAACAGCAGCCGCAGUCGGCACAGAGCGAGAGGGAGCCGACACCAUGUCGCGGGAUCUGCCGCUCUCCGCGCACCACGGCCGGGCACUCCGCAGCCCAGGUUGUCCCCUUCCAAGGGCACUCCUGAACUCCUUGAAGCCUCUCCCUCUCAAGUUCUCUUGCUCAGGAGUAAAUGGCGAGUAGAAAUGAAGACGAAGGAGAGAACUACCAGUGAAAGACCUGGCACAAGUGAGUGUGCGGAUGAACGCGGCGCAGAAGCUGAGGGUCUCCCCGGGCUGUGCUGCUCUCUGAGCGGAGCUGAGACUCACCUGGUCCUUCAGGAGGGUCCCGGGGCGCGGCGGGUUGCAGUGGACCCGCACGGGCAGGCGGAGAACGGCCGCGGCUUCGCCCGGACAACUUCGCUAAACAGGUCUGGCACAGAUCGUCCCAGUGUGGCCCGUGAUGUUAUACGCCAGUAUCUACGGCAGCAGCCCGACCAGACCGUGCUCAUUCUGCACGCCAAGGUCGCUCAGAAAUCGUAUGGGAAUGAAAAGAGGUUUUUCUGUCCCCCGCCAUCUGUAUACCUGACUGGCCCAGGAUGGAGAAUCAAACAUGAACGGCUGAAAUCUUGCGGUCUUGGCGAAUCGAGCUGCAGACUCUGUGGCUACAUGGGCCUGGAUAAUAUGCUGACCAGCCAAGGAGAUGCACUGAAGGUCAACUUUGAAGAACUGCCAGACUCACAGGUAACAAUGACAAAGUUUGGCUGUGCCAAAGCGUUGUACAUUUCUGAUGCCGACAAGCGUAAGCACUUUCGAAUAGUUUUACGGCUUUUUCUCGGCAGUGGACAGGAGGUUGGGACCUUCUAUAGCAAAUUGAUCAAAGUCAUUUCGAAGCCUUCCCAGAAAAAGCAGUCCAUUAAAAACGCUGAGCUAUGUAUUUUGUCGGACUCCAAGGUGGCCUUGUUUAAUCGCCUGCGUUCUCAGACUGUCAGUACACGGUACUUGUGUGUGGAUGGAGGAGAGUUCAUCGCCAGUGCACGGCAGUGGGGAGCGUUUACUCUCCACUUGGACACUGACUCCAGCCAGAAGGGUGAUUUCUAUCCCCAUGAUGGAUACAUCCGAUAUGGAACAGCAGUCAAAUUAAUCUGCACCACUUCCGGAGUCUGCCUCCCAAGCAUGAUCAUUCGGAAGGUGUAUAAGCAGUACGCAGUGCUGGAUGUCGAUGAGCCUGUUUCUCAACUCCACAAGUGCGCCUUCCACAUCAAGGGAACCAACAGAAUGUACCUGUGCCUCUCCAACGAGAAGAUCAUACAGUUCCAGGCGAUCCCUUGCUCCAAGGAAGCCAAUAAGGAAGUGUUGACUGAUGGGGCCUGUUGGACAAUUAUUGGUACCGAGGCUGUGGAGUACACAUUCAGUGAGAGCCUCACUCACCUGCACUCUCCUGUCACUCCUGUUCCUGUUAUCAGCAGUCUUGAGCUGAAUGGAGGAGGUGACGUGGCAACGUUAGAACUCCAAGGAGAGAGCUUCAGCCCCGACCUGAAAGUGUGGUUUGGUGACGUGGAGGCUGAGACAAUGUACAGAAACCCCAAGUCCCUCCUGUGUGUGGUGCCCGAUAUCAGUUCGUACAGCAGCGAGUGGCGUUGGCUUCGUCAGCCCAUCACGGCACCCCUCUUCCUGAUGAGGAGUGACGGACUCAUCUUCUCCAGUGUCUUCUCCUUCACCUACACCCCUGAGCAGAGCUGCUUUACUGGCCAGAGGGUGGUGCGGGAGAUCCCCGAAGACUCUGACAACUUCCUCAACACUAUCCAUCAGGAGUUCACUCGCACCAACUUCCACCUCUUCAUGCAGAGCUAAGAGGGGAAAAGCCAAGGUCUCCUUCCAUCGUAUGGUAUCCUGGGUCAAGCUAAUGUCCUGUAUCUGUCACUCUGAGUUUCUUGACUUGUAUCGGUCCCUAGUCAGACAACACAUUCUUAAAGUUAGAUUCACAGAACACUAUAGUACAGACACAGGCCCCUAGUCCAUGCCAAACUGUUAUUCUGUCCAUUCCCAUUGACCUCUACCUGGACCGUAGCCCUCCAUGCCCCUCAUAUCCAUGUACCUAUCCAAACUUCUCUUAAAUGUUGCAAUCAAACCUGGAUCCACACUUGUGCUGGCAGCUCAUUCCACACUCUCACCACCCUCUGCGUGAGGAAAUUCCCCCUCAGGUUCUCUUAAACAUUUCACCUUUCACCCUUAACCUAUGACCGCCAGUUCUAAUCUCACCCAAUCUCAUUGGGAAUAGCCUGUUUGUUUGAUAGGGAAAACCCUAUCUAUACGCCUCAUAAUUUUGUGUCAUCAUCAAGUGCCAUGUUGUAUGACAUGGACAAACAUGACUGUUCUUGGCAAAUUUUUCUGCAGAAGUGGUUUGCCAUUGCCUUCUUUUGGGCAGUGUCUUUACAAAACAGGUGACCCCAGGCGUUAUCAAUACUCGUCAGAGAUUGUCUGCCUGGUGUCAGUGGUCGUAUAACUAGGACUUGUGAUAUGCACCAGCUGCUCAUAUAACCAGCUGCUCCCAUGGCUUCACGUGACCCUGAUCAGGGGGAUUAGCAGGUGCUACACCUUGCUCAAGGGUGACCUGUAGGCCAGCGGAGGGAAGGAGUGCCUUACACCACCUUUGGUAGAGAUGUAUCUCCACCCCACCACCCAAUAAUUUAGUGUACCUCUGUCAAAUCUCCCCUCAUUUUCCUGUGCUCCAGGCAAUAAAGUCUUAACCUAUUCAACCUUUCCCUAUAACUCAGGACCGCAGGUCCAAGCAAUGUUCUUGUAAGUUUUCUCUGAAUUCUUUCAAUACUAUUAGAAUCUUUCCUGUAGCUAGGUGACCAGAAAUGCACACAGCUUAGCUUUAUGUUUAAAUUUUAUCCAUACUACCAACCCCAAACCCUCAAAUGCACCCCCACCCCACCAAGGGCCAGCGCCUCAAUUCCUUCCUUAUGUCCGGAAACACAUUGAGCCUGAACAGUCUGCAGGUCUCUGUUCUCCCCUAUUCUCACAUCUACGCACCUUUCAGAGAUCCUCUUCAAUGUUCAAAGUAAAUUUGUUAUCCAAGUACUGUACAUACAUGUCACCACUUACAACCCAUUGUCUUGCAGGCAUACACUGUGAAUCCAAGAACCAUCAUGUAAUCAAUGAAAGACCAUGCCCAAUGGCACAGACAAACGGCCAAUGUGCAAAGGACAAUGAACUGUGCAAAUACAAAAAGAAAAAAAAAUUAUAAUUAUAAAUAAGCAAUAAAUAUUGGGAACAUUGGAUGAAGAGUCAUUGAAAGUGAGUCCAUAGCUCGUGGGAACAGUUAAGUGAGGGGGCAAGUGAAGUUGAGUGACGUUAUCCCCUUUUGUUCAGGGGCCUGAUGGUAGAGGGGUGAUAACUGUUCCUGAAGUGUGAGUCCUGAGGCUCCUGUACCUUUUCCCUGAGAGCUGCAGCAAGAAGAGAGCCUGGGCUGGGUGAUGAGGGUCUCCAAUGAUGGAGUGACAACACUCCGUGUAGAUGUGCUCUAUUGUGGGGAGGACUUGACCCUCUUCUGGCACCCCUACCUGACCCCCCCUCCCAACUCCCCUCCCACCCCCCUCUUUUUUCUGUGUUUUGGCAUUAAUUCUUGGUGACAGAACAGCUUGAAAUGUUUUGUCCUUAAAGGGUCUGUAAACCGUACUGUAACUUGAUAAUUGGGGAUCCCCAACAUUCAAUCACAUUCCCUAUAACACAGAAGAAUCCAUACACUACAGACCCUGCUGGCAGGUGGAAUGGGAGGAGGGGAAAGAAAGAAACGAUUUGGGGGCUGGGGAUGCGUGGGUGUAGGGGGAAGAGGGCAAGUCAGAGGGACAAGAAAAAAUUAAUAGCGGCCGGAGCAGGUUGACUGAAAUGGAAUGAUGCCCCAAUCACCUAUGUGUGAUCAAUUUUUAAUCCUAUACAUUUACAGCCUCACAAGGCGCUGGAGGAACUCAGCUAGUCAGGCAGCGUCUAUGGUGGGGAAUAAAAAAGUCAACGGUUCAGGGCGAGACCCUGUAUCAGGACUAGAAAGGAAGGGGACAGAAGCCAGAAUAAGAAACUUAGGGGAGGCGGAGGGGGCACAACCUGGCAGGUGAUGGGUGAGACCAGGUGAGGGAGAAGGCAUGUGGGUGGAGGAGGGGGGUGAAUUGAGAAGCUGGAAGAUGAUAGGUGGAGACAGUUGUAGGGCUGGGGAAGAAGGAAUCUGAUAGGAGUAGACUAUGGGAGAAAGGGAAGAAAGUGGAGAAGAAAAGGGAGAUAGCGAGCAUGUGAAGAGAAGGGGGGGAACAAGAGGAGAUAAUGAGUGUGUGAGGAGAUGAGAAGGGGUGGGAGGGGGUGAACUUACUGGAAGUUAGGGAAAUUGAUGUUCAUCCCAUCAGGUUGGAGUCUGCCAAGACAGAAUAUGUGGUGUUGUUCCUCCAAUCUGAGUGUGGCCUCAUUGCAACAGUAGAGGAGGCCGUGGACAGACAUGGAAUGGGAAUAGGUAGUCAAAUUGAAACGGGCGGCCACAGGGAAAUCCUGCUUUUGUAGCGGACAGUGAAUGUGCUCAACAAAGCAGUCCCCCAAUCUGCUUCAGGUUCCACCGAUGGAAAGUGAAUACAAUAGAUGACCCCAACAGACUUACAGGUGAAGAGUCACUUUACCAAGAGGGACCGUUUUUGUGUCUUUGCAUCCAGUUCCCUCAGGGUGGCCCUCUAUUUACCCUCCCCCUCAGUCUGUAAAGCUGGAACAGGAACAAUAUCAGGGCUGAUAUCUUCAACACAGGAGCAUUCAGCAGUGGAAAGCGGUGGUAUUGGAAUGUGCGUGUGUAGAACGCGGCUCCUCCUUCCCCAGCAGAGCCACCAGCUGUCAUUAAGUGCAAAUCAUACCUGGAAAAAUCAAUGGGAAAAAAAUCAUCUUUCGUUCUGUGGGAUGUGCGUGAUUGCUGAGAUUUUUCUGUACGUUGAUGUCAAAGAAUAAACCUGGUGUUUAUUGC